GAACCCAUAUUCUAAAAAUAAGUUAUCGGAAUAUGAUUAAGAGAACAGUAAAUAACCAAAUAUUAACAAAACAGGCGGGAUGAAGAUUAGUUAAGGAUAAUAUGAAAGAGGAGGGAGAACACACACCUAGAUGACAAAGUGGCACACCUAUGGAGAAUGGAAUAGUAGCAGUUGUCAUGGAGCUAGGUAUACGGUAUAUCUUCGCAAUCUUUUGUGUUCUGCACACCACACAUUCAACUUUAGACGAUUUGGAUGAGUUAAGAAGUACAGAUAAUCACAUAAUCAAACCAAAUCCAACAUCAAUUAUAGUGAGGACUGACUCCAUUCUUUAUGCUCCAGUUGGCCACGAUAUUUCUAUUAACUUUGAGGUAACAAAUAAUCAGUAUAAAAAUAUAUUUUAUCAAUUUGAAGGAUACACGGAUGACAACUUUAAUCUUGCAUAUGUCACACCACCAAGUGCAAGUGUGCAGUCAUAUACAAAAUGUCUUGUAAAUGUCAAGAUAUUAUCAAGUAACUCUUUGAAUGAGGAAAAAAGAGGUUUACUUACUUUCAAAGCAAAAUGGGUAUCAUUAUUUGAAGAAGAAGUCACACAAGAUGUUUAUUAUUAUAUUGGGAGUCAGAAACCAGACUCAUCAAAGCCAACAAUAACUUAUACAAUCAGUGGAGAUUGCAGUGGAUAUUUACAGCCAAAACUUUGCCACGACAAAAUAUGGAAAGCUGAUAUUUCAAUACAAGAUAUCGAUUCAGGUUUACUCAAAAUUAAUUCAGAACCAUUCAGCAUAAUUUUAAAAAAGAGAUUCAUUGUUGGUACAAAAGAAGCAGUUUCAGGAUAUUAUUUAGCUAACUGCUGUCAAACUAAAGUUGACAUUACAGCAACCGAUAUAUCAGGGAAUGAAAAUACAAUCACUAUUGAUAUAGAGAGAAAUUGGUUAAGCACAGGAGAAAUAGCUUCAAUCACUUUGGGAGCCAUAUUAUUAGUGAUCCUCAUCAUAGCUGUUAUUGUUUUUAUUAUUUACUGUUGCAGAAAAAAAAGACAAACUUUAAGUAUAUACCCAGAAAGCAUCCGGUCUUAGGAAUUUUCAAUAUUACACACAUAUGUUUACAAAUAAUGUAGGGAUAUACAAGAAUCUAUAACUUAGUAAUCUUCUUAUAAUUAAAAAGAUUUUAAAUUAUAAACAUUGUAAAUAUACUUAGUUCAUUCAAAAUAAAUAAUAUAGUGAAUGCACCUAUUUAUAUAUUUAUACUUAUAUAUGAUAUAUCAUGUUUUAUAAUACUUGAUUUGAUAUGUAUUUAUUUUUAAAUAAUAUAUGUGUAUAAGUGUUGACUGUAACAUGUACCAAAAUUAAAUUAUAUUAAUCAAGAAUCUAUAAUAAUAUAUAUUACUAUAAUUAUAAUUAUAUAAUAUCAAAACUAGGGGCUCCAGUGGUCGAGCGAGUUAAGGGGCCUACAAAAAUUUUAUAUAAAGUGUUCAAAUCCAGUUUGUGGGAAUUAAUAACACAAACAAACCAUAAAAAAAAAAAAUGAUAAAUUAAAAUUAAUAAGUGCAGGUGUACCUACUCGACUAUUUACACCACUACGGCAAGGAUUUGAUUCUCGCCUGUAGACGGUAACGUCCUCACCCCGAGAUUCAUAGGGAGGUGAGCGACUACUGUGUCUUACACCCUCAUUAGGUAUAGGGCUGAUAAUUCCAUAUCCCAUAAAAAAAACUGGGUGGAAGAUUGAAGCAAAAGAUUAGCAAUCAUUCUUCAGGAAAGUUCCUAAUGAAGAGGGAGUGAAAUGUGAUCAUGUCCGUUUAGUAAACCACGGGCUCUCUGUAUAUCUCGAAGAAGAGAGAACCAAACAAUCACUACUAUCACCUAUAAUAGCCGCAAACUGCUGAAUAAGACUCAUGACUUAAAAGUCAAAAUCAAAAAGCAAAGAAAAAAAAAAUAAAGAAAACCUUCAAUAUUCAUUGUUUAAAAAUUCAUAAAAUCAGGAAAUUAGAUGCAUAGUACAUAUCAAUAACCAAAUACGGAUCAGAAAUGGAAAUAGAUUCUGAGACUCGUGUAUGAGGCUAUUUGUAACCAUACUAACCACAUCCUAAUUGACAAGAUAAAAUAAUAGAUUUUUAAGUUAAGAUAAUUGUAAACUAUUUUUGGACAAGGACUGACUGCCAAUUAUAAGAUAAAAAAUUACUCAAUAACUUUUUUGGUUAAAUUGUUGACAAUAAAAAUCACUAUAACACUUUUUACAAAUCUUUGAUAUUUUUUAGCUGAGACCAUAGUUUAUAGUUAAUAGUUUCUUAGCCACCAGAGGUAUCUGAAUAAAAUUGUAAAAAGUCUUAGUAGUAGUUUACUAUUAAUAAUAAUAAUGGAAACUGGUCCUAGAAAAGUUUUGAAACAAACACCUUAAAAAUUAUGUCUUUAUUAAAGGAAGUAUUGAAAACUGUCUAUUAUCUCCUUCUCCACACAUUAAUUUAUUUUAAUUUAGUUUAGAUGCAUGCAUCCUGCCUCUUGCAUCUUCAGUGUGAAAGGGGCCUAAAAGUGCUCUCUCAGUAAGAGCUCACCUGUCAGUCAGCCAUUAAAAAUACUUAAAUCUAUAAGUACUUGGCAGUAAAUAACAUAUUGGCUAAAAACAAUGCUUUUUGUUUUUAUGACCUGAAUGAAUAGAAGGUGAGAGAUUAGGCUUAAAAUGAGCAUAACAUAAUUCAUGUUGGUUUCAGAUUAAAUAAGAUCAGUAAUACUAUCAUACUAAAUAAUGUUGUAAUAUUGUCCUGUGUUUAGCCAAUCAUUAUCAUAAUAUUUUCAUGAACAUUUAAUAAAAACCUGAGCGGAACAGUAUUGAAAUAAUAAGAAAAUAGUAUAUUAAACAAUAAGA